AUGAGGUCUAACUUUUUCGCAUUGGCUCCCAAGUGUCUGCGGAUGCUUCGCAAUGGAGCCUCAUUCUUGCACGCACAGGACUCGGUGCUGCACGGAAGGAGGCUCAAUCUGCUGCAGUGGCAAGGCAGAUCUGCUGCUGCUCACGAUGCUGCGGGCGAAGCCGCAGAAGCUACACUGUCAGCAAAGGCCCCCGCCCUUCACGAGUUGUGCUGCUACACCUCCGCGCAGAACGCCGGAAGCUGCAGCAGCAGCAGCACGAAAGUACUGCGCAUGCAGGGACUUGUUGGUGCGGAGUUUGCUGCUGACUGCGAAGAGAUCAUACCGCGGGCAAAGGAGGUUCUUGACAGAUGGAAGCAGGCACAAAAGUUGCAGCAGCAUCAGCAAAAGGGAGAAAAAGCCAAAGGGGAAGCUCAGGAAGGCAUCCACGAAGGGGAAGAGCAGUUUUAUGCGCAGGCGCUGCAAGAUCUGCUGCAGCGAAGCGAGACGCUUGCGAGGGAAACGGAUGCAAGAGACAGGCGACAGGCAGCAGCAGAAUUUGGACUGUUCCCACCAACACAAGACUAUGUUCCACCCGGAUUUAUGCUGUGGCGCUGCAUUGGACUAUCGGGACGUGCUGUCUUGUGGCAGUUGCUGCACAAGGAAAGUUUGGAUUUGUUUGUAGUUAAAUACCACUUCCUAUCUCCUUCAACAGUGGCAAAUCUCGCCGCACAGGCGUUGCAGCAAAGGCAACGGCUGCGGCUUCAACUGCAGGAACAGCAGCAGCAGCAUCAGGAACAGCAAGGGCUGCUGCUUCUUCAGCAGAGAGUUGCUUCUGCCUUGCAGCAUCUGCAGCAAUUCGCUGCAGAACCGCAGCAGCGGACUGUAAUAUUUGCAACUCAUGCGGAGAUGAAAGGUUUCCAUCUGCUUGAGGUUGUACCCUAUCUGGAAUGUGUAUGUUUGGAAGAAAUGUUGGGCUCUGGCGUGUCUUACAGCAGCCCUGAAGGCUUGGUGUCAGCCCAGGCAGUGGUGCUGCAGUUGGCGUCUGCGAUUGUUUCCCUGGGGCCUAUUUGUUUUUUAUUGCCUGUAAAACUUUCCAGGGUCUUCGUACAGAAGGAUGAAGUUUUCUUUGUUGCAGGACUGCCUCUAUCCUUAAUGCUGCAGCCUCCUGCUCCUGUUUCCCGUCCAGCUGCAAACGCGUUGCCUACAGGAGCGGCCAAGGGCAAAACGGCUUCGCCAGCAGUAACGCAUGCAGCAAUUCCGGCAACAGAAAGCUCUUCCUCAGCGAGAAGUGCACAUGCAACACAACGAACAGCAGAGAAACCAGCAGCAAUAGCAGUAGAGGCCCUAGCAUCAGCAGCAGCACCAGUGGCACAGACAGGAACGCACGUGCAGUGCAGCUUUAUCUCCUCCCUGCGGAUCCCGACGGCAGCUGCGGAUUUAUGGGCAGAAGACUUUUGCUGCUGUCUCCCUCCCGAGUGUGUGAACAACUCCGAUCAAUUUUUUUGCUGCCCAGAGACUGUGGAUAAAGCACAUGCGUGGAUGCUGGGUUUACUGCUGUUGCGCAUCAUUGCUGGGGCCGACCGAUUCCAGAAGAGAAGGAGAUGGGGGGCAGAGAGCCAGCAGCAAAUUUACACAGCAGUGUCGCAGGUUGGAGACGCGAGAACUCAGGAAUUUCUGCGUGACUGUCUGCAGAAAGACCCUUUGAAGAGGCCUACCCUUAGCCGGCUGCUGGCAUCUCAUCCAUAUCUGCAGCAUCAUCGCCAGUACCAGCAUCAACACGAGCAGCAGCAUAAGGUAUCAGCGACGAGUAACGUCCUUCAUCCCGAAGCCAGCAAAAGCAUCUCGCCGACAAAGCCCUGCAGUAAUAACCAAAACAACAGCUGUGGUAGUUUCAUGCCCGAAGCAACAAAUAACGCAACAAAUUGUGCUGAGCCUAUUUCCUCUGCUGCUGCUUCGUCUCACCCCCCGCCAGCUCCUGCAGUAGCCGCAGCAGCAGCUGCGGCUCCUGUACUGGACCUUUCUUGCAGCAGAAGCUCUCGAAGAAAGCGGCAGAAUUCUGCCCACUGUGUCCCCGAUGAUUGCAGUUUCGCAACAUCUAGCAAGCCAGAAACAGCAGCAGCACCACCUGGAGUUGCAGGAGCAGCAAAAGGUGUGCAUUCGGGAGCCCCUAGUCCUUCUCUACUGCCUCCUUUGCUGGGUUUACGCCUGCCCCAGCAGCUGCAGCAGCACCCUGCAGCAGCGACAGCAGCGGCAACAGCCGCAGCAACUCGUCUGGCAGACUGCUGUGAUGCCCUGUUUGGCGAUGUGGGGCGUUUGGUACCGGCGCUGAUUAGAGACAGAGAGAGACGGAGACAGCGGGGUGAGGAAGGAGUUGCCUUUUACAGGCAGAAUGACCCUUUAGCCAUGUAUUCUUUGCCUCCAGAGUCUGUGCCGCCUCCAAGUUCCCGCAGUCCGACUGCUGCUGCAGUGGCGGCAGCGAAUGCUGGAUUGCAACAGCAGCAGCAUGCUGGCUGCGAGGCGCAGUAG